AAGUGUUCUUGUGUGUUUUGCCAAGUUAAGAAUGGUAAUAUGUGUUGGAAAUGUGUAGUUAUGUCAAGUAUUUCUGGAGUGAUGUUAUUUUGUGGCUAGUUCUUCAUUAUUAAUUUUCGGCAGCACCCCACACCUGUUUGUCACUAAUUACAUCGUGUUGCCUCGCGUGUGUUCUGGAUGGAUGUAGAGUCCAAUUAGGUCAGCCAAGCCAUAACAUUGUCAUUCUCCAGAAAUCACAAGAGUCAGGAGGUCAGGAAGCAGGAGUGAGGCAUCAGUGUGGUGUGUGCUGUGUGCUGAGCUGAGGAACCGAGGGUGGUGGAACUGGUGUGGCUGACUGUCCCUGCCUCAGUGAGUGUGGUGCUUGAGAGGAGUGGAGGGGGAGGAGGAGGAGGCCUGGUGAGGGGUGAGAGGUGAGGAAGUCUUGUGGGGGCUUCAGGAGUCACCCACUCACCAUGGCAGCCUUGGACCAGAUCAGGGAGCGGGUGGAAAGACUGUACAAGUUCCGUGAUGAGUACUUCAAGACACACGACAUCUCCGAGGCGGCGAUGAAGGCCCAGCGUGUGCAGCAGGAGAUCGACGACGCUGUUAAGCUGGUGACAAGUCUGAGGGACCAGGUGCCACCCGAAGGACGUGGGGAGCUGUACCUGCUGCAGGGGAGAGCGCUGAAUGCCACAGUGGAGCACAGUGCCGCAGCAGAGGAGGCGCUGGGCCGGGCCACUCGCUUCAACCUGCCCGAUGCCUGGAAUGAGCUAGGGGAGUGCCAGUACAAGAAGGGAGACUUCAGCAGUGCCCUCACCUGCUUCCAGAAGGCACUCAAGCUGGCGGAGAAGAAGGUGUACCUGCGCAACAUGUCCAUGCUGAUGCGUAGUCUGCCAUGGAAGACAGCCAAGGAGAGAGAAGAGAAUGUCAGCAAGGGCCUGGAGUAUGCUCGGCAGGCCUUACAGCAGGACAUGGGCGAUGGACACUCUUGGCUGGUGCUGGGCAAUGCGUACUUGGCAGCCUUCUUCACAGUGGAGGCCAAGAUGGAGUCCCUCAAACACUGCAAGGCGGCGUACAGCAAGGCGGCCAAUGACCCCCUUGCCGUGGUGCUGCCAGAGCUUCACUUCAGCAAGUUUCAUGUGCAGUGGUACGAGGAGGACUACACGGGGGCACUGCGCAGCCUCCAGAGGGCGUAUGAGCUGGAGCCGACCUGGGAGGAGUGCAAGAGCAAGUUCGACGAGUGCCACCGUUUCCUGCAGAAGUUAUCACUGAUGGUCCGCACCAAAGGACAGCUGAACCAACGUCGCCUCAACACUCUGAUGGCGGACAUCCAGCCCAGCCAGCUUGGUCCGUAUGAGAAGGGUGGCUCCAGUGUGACAGGGGGUUCCAAGCUUGAUCUGGUCCCCAUGGCAUUACUGGCUGAGGGAAGCAACCAGGACAAGGUUGUGCUGGGCAAGGUGGUGUGUACAGUCAUCCCAGAGUCCGGCAUCCCAUUCUCCAUGUGUCUGGUGGACCGCGAUGGCUCUUGCACUGCCGUCACUGUGUACAACUGGGCCAGUGGCUGUGGUGUUAAGAUUGGUGACUCAGUGGCUGUGUUGGCGCCGGUGCUGAAGAGCCAGAGCAUCAGUGUGCCGGGACAUGAGACACUCUCCUUCCGCUCCCUCCGUGUUGCUGUUCCACUGAUGCUGGUGGUGAACAAGCGGCCAAUCACAGCGUCACAGAUCGCCACCUCCCAGAUAGUGUCACAGCAGAAGCCAGAGUAGUGAGUGGAGCAGUGGACAGCCACGGUCAGUCACCCUCCUCUUGGUAGCUCUGGCAAGUCUGAAGUAGGUGCUGUGGGUACUACUUCUCCCUCCAUGAGACUGAUCCUAGUGACUGCCAGAGAAGUAGUGGUGAUGAUGGUGGUGGUAGUGGUGGUAGUGGUGGAUGGUAUGUAGCUUUUUUUUUUAUCAUUGAAUCCGAAAAUCAUGUUUUGGUAUAUUUAUUGAAUCUGAAAAUCAUGUUUUGAUAUAUUUAUUCUAUGUUUUAUGACCACUCAAGUGCAAUGGUGUUGGCUUUGUUUGGCGGACACACCACAGUACUAUCAAGGCACUUGGUGAAAGGUAAACAUGAACUAUGAUCUGUGGACUGUGUUUGUGUUUAAGUGUGUGGCUGAGCAGUGCAAUGUUCAGCCGUGUGUGGGACUUGAGGAGGCUGCUGGAAUCACUGCAUUGUGUUGUGUUGGUUACUGGUUGUGUUUAUCAUUAAUGGUGAAGGAAUUGGUAGCUUAGUGAUUCAUUGCUGGUUUGUUGCAAUUUAUAUGAUUGCCAUCUUUAUCUACAGCUGUCCUAUUAACCUGAAGACAUCACAUCAUUGAAAUUAUUAAUUUGAGUUUGACUUCUGGCAGUCUGUACCAAGAAUCUUGUGCUGUGAAGCUGAGUGACCUGGCAGUGUGUGUUUGUGUGUGUGUGUGAGAUGGUGACUGUAAGCAUACGAUGUGAUAUUUUGUGCCCGUGAAUUGACCUGUACGAGUGCGUCAAGAUGGUCAUUCAUUAACUCUUUUCAAAAUACUACAUACCUAGACACAAGUGGCUGUCCAGUAGCUUGUGUCUCCGGUGUUGGUCUGUCCAGCAUUCCGUAACAUAGAAACCUUUCUCAAGCAUGCACUCAAAAAGAUAAAAGAAAAAAUAUAUACCUUACCCUCUACUCUUGACCACAUUAAUAAUUAGCUCUUAGGAUACAUAUUGUUAUGGAUUAAGUCUUUCUCAUUAUAGUAAUACUCAUGUUUUUUAUAUGAAGCUAAACUUAAGUAAACUAAUAUUGUGAUUUUAACUUAAGGUGAGGAGAACUAAUCGCCAAAGCUUUGUGCUUGAUCUCAUAUCAUGUCGGCUUGUGCCCAGCCUUGCAGCCACUGUGUUGACAGUACUCUCUCACCUCAACUUUCUGCAAAGGCCACAAAGAUGUUUAGCUAGGUUUCCAAGAGUGCUUCUGGUGUUAACGCAGAAACCUUACUUAUCUCUUACUAGAACCAUAAAAAUACCCUUGAAAACCUGUCACUUCAUCUAGUCUUUGGAGAGUAGUGGAGGUGUGGGGUAGAAGUGUUUUAGAAUUAUCUCGCUAUGUGUUCCUCUCCACCCAGUUAAUUUAUCUUGGUAGAACCAUAAAAACAUCCUUAAAAACUUGUGGCAUUUCUAUUAGUUUUUGGAGAGUAGUGAUGUGGGGUGGAAGUAUUUUAGUAUUUUCUCACCAUGUGUUCCUCUCCACCCAGUGAGAGUCCAACUUUCUUUCUUUUAUCCUUAAGGGUGGGUUGUGGGAUGAAGUUGCUCACCACAUCAAGUGCCAAGAUUGUGUUAGAUCCCAGGUUCUGUUUCCCAAGGGACCAAAACAAGCACAUCAAAACUUCACUCCUGUAGUUAUGUAGCAUGAGAGGGCCACUUUGUUUUGUUCACUGGACUUCAGAAGCAUCAACACAAAGGAGUCAAAAAUGUACUUCAGAAAUACAGUGUUGCAAAGAUCUGUGGGCAUUGUACUGUUACGAUGAUGUGUAAAUCUUUGUGCGUUUGUGUGUGUGUGUGUGUGUGUGUGUGUGUGUGUGUGUGUGUGUGUGUGUGUGUGUGUGUGUGUGUGUGUGUGUAGUUGAAGGAAAAAAUACAUGACAGAUUUAGGAUAUACCCAUGAAUUCACUAGUAACCUUAAAUUUUAUCCAGUUUUAAUCAUCUUUAAACUAUUUGUGGUUGACUUUAUUCUCUAAUCUUUUUAAAAAUACUAAUAAGACACAUUGUAAUGAAA